AGACCGCUGGCAAAAAGGAUAUUUGUUCAGUGCAGAUUGGCGAGCGGCAUUCUGUCGCCGAGAUCUAGGUGUCCUUCUUGCAAAGUCGGCAUUUUUGUCAACACCGCCAGUGGACAGUGCAGACAUUGGCGUGGUGUGCAUAAAGGCGUUAGCGUGAACAAGCAAUAGAGAAAGAAGUAGCUCGAAAGCUAUAAAUAAAAGGAAGUUACCGGAUCCAAGUGUCCCGGAAACAGGAAGCAGAGCAGUAACGCAUCCCCAUCGUAGAGAUUUAUAAAUCGUAAACAUGAGCUGGCAGGAUUACGUCGACAAUCAGCUUCUCGCUUCCCAGUGCGUGUCAAAGGCGGCCAUCGCUGGACACGAUGGUGGUGUAUGGGCCAAGUCGGAAGGUUUCGAGGUGUCGAAAGAGGAGCUGGCCAAAAUAGUACAGGGCUUCGACAAAACCGAACUGCUCACAUCCGGCGGCGUGACACUAGCUGGCCAGCGUUACAUUUACCUCUCCGGUACCGACCGAGUGAUCCGUGCCAAACUGGGCAAGACGGGGGUACACUGCAUGAAGACACAACAGGCUGUUAUAGUAUCGAUCUACGAGGAACCCGUGCAGCCGCAACAGGCGGCAUCCAUAGUAGAAAAGCUGGGAGAUUAUCUAAUUACCUGUGGUUAUUAGAAGGAAAUAGAAAUGUUCUAGUGCGGCGGUGGAGGAAGAAGGCUGAGGGGAGUAGCAGCAGCAGCAGCAGCAGCAUAACGGACGGCGGCGCUCAGGAUGAGAAGUGAAAAAACACACACGGGCGUUCCGGCCGGUGUCGGUGAAAAUAGGAAGAACUAAGGGACGGAGAUGGUGGGAGAAGCAUUAGUGACGACGGGAGGCGCACGGACGGCAGAAGCCGCCCACCGCCGAAGACGCCGCUAGUGUGGUGCCGUUGUCCGCGCGAGAUAAGCACACAGGGUCGUGUCCUGCGAAGCGAUGAGAGGAGAGCGAUGAAAACAGGGGGCCAGCAGCGCGAGAGUUGAUAUGCUUAAAACACAUGAUCAGCGGAAAGGAAAAGAGCGAAAAUGAAAAGAAAAACAAGUAAAUAAAGAAAGAGGGAGAGAGAAACGGAGAGACACAAGAAGAGAAAGAGAGAAAACCCGGUGGCGUGUGAGACAGAAACAAACAGAAAAAACAGAAGAAGGAAAGCAACAACGGAACAGAUACUUUCAUACAGCUUUUUUAUAAUUUAAACACUAGAAACACACUUGAAUAAAGGAGAAGUGUAAGCGAAAGAGGAAGAAGACCUAAAACAACAACAGAUGGAAAUCAACACUCAUACAACUGUGCUGGGUGAAUGAUUCAAUUGAACAAUCGAAGGAAAGAACUACAGCAGCAGCACGCCAACAACAACACCCGGAACUCCGGCCAGCAGAGAGUGUGUCUGUAUGGGUGCAACGAAUGUCAUUUGAGAAGUGCGCCACACACAGCACUCUGAUGCUUCUCUUCUCUUGUUGGCUGUGUCCUUUUAUGCUGUCGCCAUGGAUUCAGCGGAUUUUUGAACCUCAUCCAACCAACCGAUUCCAAUUCCUCGCUCUCUCUUUCUCUCUAUCUCUCUUUUUGUCUCUCUGUACAUUAGCAAAACACCAGCCGCCCCCGAAAAAGGCAGGAAGCUGCCGGAAGGUAACGUACGACCUGUGUGUAUUCUUGCUCUGACAGACGGGGGGGCCAUCAGGAACACAGCUACCAGGCGGGGAAGAUUAGAGCAGAGCAAAAGUAGUGAAAGGCGAAGAUCUCGCGCAAAAUGAGCCGCAAAGAAAGGGGAACAGGAAAGAGCACAAGAACGGACGCGGGAGGACGAACGUAAGGGAAGCAUAGACACCACAUACCGCAACAGCAGCAGCAGGACGUAAGCAUAUGACGCGUGACACUCAGGACACGGACGGACGCGAGACUGAGAUUGACGUAGCAUUGGUGGGGAAAAUUACACGGAAGAGGCGCGCAUUACACGAGGUUGUCGACGGAGAGAGAAAAAAGAGGAAACUAACAUUAGAAGAACUCCCGCGUGGGUGGUGGUCGUAGUAGUAGAGCCAGCCACGAAGCCAACCUGUCGGCUGGCCGAGUGAAUCGCGCGCACGCAGCAGCGGACGGGAAGAGGAAAUUAAUAAUAAAACAAAAAAAAACUAUUGAUAAUACUGUGUAAGCUUACAUAUUUUGUCUUUUUUUGCCUAAAUGGUGUGUAAAAUGUGGCUAAACGAAUAAAGGAGAAAACAUAAAACAGCAAAACAACUACA